AUGAUCUCAUCUUUCUUUAUCACCCCCCUCUCUCUCUCUCUCUAUCUAUCUAUCUAUCUAUCUAUCUAUCUAUCUCCCUCUUUCUUUCUUUCUUUCUUUCUCACACUUUCUCUCUCUUCUCUCUUUCUUUAUCUCUUUCUUAUCCUAUCUCUCUUUCUAUUUCCCUCUCAUUAUCAUCUACGGCGUCUUCUUCUCGAUGACAGCUUGUCUCUCUCUCUCUCCCUACAUAUAUAUUUGCAACUUCUCUCUCCCUCUUUCUUUCUUUCUUUCUUUCUUUCUUUCUUUCUUUCUUUCUUUCUUUCUCACACAUAUUCUUCUCUAUUUCUUUUUCUCUUUAUCUCUUUCUUCUCCUCUCUCUUUCUGUUUCUCUCUCGUUAUCAUCUACUUCGUCUUCCUCUCGCUGUCAGCUUGUCUAUCUCUCCCUACAUAUAUAUUUAUCAACUUCUCUCUCUCUCUUUCUUUUUCUCUCUCUUUCUCUUUAUCUCUUUCUUUUUCUCUCUCUUUCUCUUUAUCUCUUUCUUUCUCUCUCAUUAUGAUCUACUUCCUCUUUCUCUCUCUCUCUCUCCCACUUCUCCUCCUCUCCCUACAUAUAUAUUUAUCAACCUUUCUCUCCCUCUUUCUUUCUAUCUUUCUCUUUCUUUCUUUCUUUCUUUCUUUCUUUCUCUUUAUCUCUUUCUUCUCUCUCUUUCUAUCUAUCUCUCAGUAUCAUCUACUUCCUCUUCCUCUCUCUGUCUGUCUUUCUCCCCUUCCCCACAUAUAUAUUUCUCAUCUACACUUUCUCUCUCUCUCUCUCUCUCUCUCUCUCUCUCUCUCUCUCUCUCUCUCUCUCUUUGUAAUCACGGAAAAUUUUCUUAG